AUGACGGAGGAUUUGGAGAGACGAGAAAGGGCUGCAAAAGAUGAACGUGAAGGGAAGGUCAAGGAGAAAAAGAAGCCCUCUCUAGAGGACAAUCCAUUCCCGGAGGAUGCGGACGAAGAGUUGCUGAGCGAGGAGGAGGAAAAGAAGGAUGAAGAGGAUGACGAUGAUGAUGAUGACGACGAUGCUGAAGAACUUAUGCGUGAACUUGCAAAGAUCAAGAAAGAGCGAGAGGAAGAAGAAGAGGCGAAGAAGGCUCUUCAGGCAAAGCAAGACAGGAGAGCACAAAGGGAAGAAGUCAUGAAAGGCAACCCUCUUCUAGCAGAUGGAGCAGACGUAUCGCUGAAAAGGCGAUGGGAUGAUGACACAGUCUUCAAGAACCAGGCUGCGGCAUCCGACGCUUAUGUUGAGAAAUGGAACGAGACAUGGAACGAGAAGCAUCGAGGAACGAAAACAGGAGUGACAGAGGACACUGCAGCUUUUGAAACGCUUGGCUCGCCGCUUGGCCGCUGGCAUCUUGGCUCAGCAUUUGCGAAGGCCAGAGCCUGCACUGGGCUGAUUUUAGAGGCUGUUCGGUCCAUCAAGAACCUCGAAGCCUUCUUUCAGGAUGCAGAAGAGAAACUAGGGCUGCCACCAGGCUCCUAUGACUUUUACGACACCUUUGGCAAGAUCUCGACCCCUGCGGAUUUGCAGCGCGCCUUGACAAACGCUGGCUCGGAUGAGUGCAUCAUAGAGGUGAGAGAGCACUUGCACUUCAUCCGGAUCCGCGGGCUGGAGGCUGACAAUGCUAGAUUGACAGCAAGGCUAGAUGCACUUGAGGUUGCGCUCCGAGAAACCGAGCAGCGUAGCGACAUGAAGCUGGAGGUGGCAUCGGAAGAGUUGGCAAAGAUGAUCAAGAAGUGCGAAUCGACGAUCUACGAAGAAGUUGGACCUGCCAUCGAGGUUGUCAUGAAGAAGCAAAACGAUACGGAGAAAGAUGUGCGCGCUUUUGCUGAAAAGCUUGGCCAGUUUGACUUGCAGGAGCUACGGGAGCUGAGCUCCAAUGCACUACAGAUGCGAGACGAGGUGCGAAAUUGCGUAAACCGCCUGAACGUGCUGGACACGCAGUGGAUGAAUGACAAGGAAGAGCUUCGAUCCAUUGUGGAUGGUUGCAAUCAGGAUCUGAAGGAUCUUCAGAAGUACAUCAUGGGCAAAAUCGACGUUUGCAUCGAAGCAGAUGCUGAUGUUCGGCGAGAUCAGCAGAUUCUCAACGAGCGCAUGCAACUUGUUGCGGAUGAUUUGCGAUUGCUCAUGGAAGAGCAUCAGCGCCUGGCCAAUCGCACUCUGGGUGUAGUGGAGGAGAAUGAAGAGAUGCGGGUGUUAAUUGGACAGGUCAGAGAAGACAACGAGCAUCUGCGACAUGACAACUUCCAGGUUAGCACGCGGGUGCUGAGCCUGGAGGGUAGUGCGAGUGAGAGAUGGGUCGGGUUUGCCCCAGGCAUCCUCUACUUCCGCAACUGGCACAGAACUGCCAAGGGUGAGGAUGUGCAGCUCUCCUCCGACCUGUCUAUUGCAGUAGGCCGAGGUUUCCUGGCUGCCACAGGAGUUGUCAUCGGCAACGACGAAGGUUUGGCCAUAGGAGAUGGCCCUUGCAGACAUUUCGGUACACCAGGUUGCUUCUCUUCCUACUACGAGCUGGAGGUUGACGAGAUCACUGCAGCUCCUGCGGGCUCUGGUGGUUUGUACGUGGGCAUGUCCUUACAAAGCGGUGAGGAGAUUACCAAACAUCCACGGAGGGAGUUCGAUGGUUGGCUAGUAGGAGGCAAUCGCAAGGCCCUGGGCAGCGGUCAGGGGCAGAUAUAUAGUAGGGGGACAGUCCGGGAAAUGGGAACUGAAAAAAUGAGAGGAGCGAAAGGAGCGGAAGGAGCGAAAGGAGCGAAAGGAGCGAAAGGAAAUGCCGCCCUCUACAUGAGAAAUGCGCCAGCACUACAUAUGCCUUCAAAACUGCAAUGUAGCGUCGUGGAGGCCAGCAACGACCUGCAAACUGCCACCAAAUAG